AUGUCUGUUUACAAUCUCUCCAGCCACGCAUCCACUUUGCGAGGUCUACCAAGGUGCGCGGUAGUUAGCUGUUUGCUUGCUUCACCUCGACGUCGACGAAACACCACACACUCACCAACAACCUCCACACCCCUUCACGCAAUGGGUCUCUUCAACAAGAGGAAUACGGCUGCCCCCGCCGACACCACCACUGCCACUGGCACCCAUCGCCGCGGGGAGAAAGCCGGUAUCUUCGUCAGCAAGAACGAGCAUGGCGGUGCUCGAUCGUGGAACUCACGUCCUACCUUUGGCGCCUGGAUCAAGGCCACCGCUCUCGACAUUCUCACCAUGGCAGUUCUCGGGGCUAUUGGACUAGGUGUCUACUUUGCUGAUCCCGCGCCCAGCCGCAGCUUUCCUGUCACCUUCCGUGACGGAGAGAUUGUGUACCCCGAGUUUGCCUACCCUCUUCGUAACGAGAUCAUUCCCAUCUGGGCUGCUGCUCUCAUGGCCUUCUUCAUUCCGUUCGCCGUCUUCCUCAUCUGCCAGAUCAGGGUCCGCUCGUUCUGGGACGUCAACAACGCGACCAUUGGCCUCUUGUACUCGUUGAUCGUCGCGGCUGUCUUCCAGGUCUUCAUCAAGUGGCUGAUUGGAGGUUUCCGCCCUCACUUCCUUGCUGUCUGCAAGCCCGUCAUCCCAGCUAAUCUGCAAUACGACACCGACACCUUUGAGUCUGCUGGCCCCACUGGCACCAACGUCGCCAACGGCUUUCGCUCGAUCAUGUUCGACCGCAGCAUCUGCACCGGUGAUAAGAAGGAAAUCAACGACUCGCUUGAGUCCAUGCCCUCUGGCCACACCACUGCUGCCUUUGCUGGCUUCGUGUUCCUGUAUCUCUACCUCAACGCCAAGCUCAAGGUCUUCGCCAACUACCACCCCGCUAUGUGGAAGCUCGUGGCCAUCUACGCCCCUCUCCUCGGCGCCUGCCUCAUCGGUGGUGCGCUCACUAUUGACGAGUACCACAACUGGUACGACAUCCUCGCUGGCGCCAUCAUCGGCGCCUUCAUGGCAUUCAGCAGCUACCGCAUGGUCUACGCCUCAGUGUGGGACUUCCGCUUCAACCACGUCCCUGUCCUGCGCCACGCUCCCUUCGUCUACGGCGCUGGCCCCAGCACAUUCGAUGGCUUCCACGACGCCGUUUGGACUCGCAAGGCUGGCUGGGGCUCGCACGACGGAAGUGCCUGGGCUGGUGCGCCCUUCGAUGCUGCAGAUGGUCCCAGGGGCACUAUGAUGCCUCAAUCUGAGGGCCCCAUCGGCGGUGCCGCUAUGGCUGGUGCGAGCACCGGUCAUGGCAUGGGCAGGAAGCCUGUCGGUGCCGGUAGGAUGAGCCAUGAGAGGCAUGGCGAACAGAUGGUUUAA